CUGCGUUUGGUCCAAGGUUCUCUACAUCUGUUUUCUCUCUACAAAAAAAAGAGGGAAAAAUAGUACGGAGGUGCCGAUUGUUGUGAGUAUUUUCGUGAGGGAGAUCGAAGGAUUGAAGUGACUCGAAGGAGCUAGAGGGAAGGAGAGAGAGAGAGAGAGAGAGAGAGAGAGAGAGAACCGACUGACUGAUUUCGAGAGGAAUAUCCCGUGCGAGAUUGAAGGAGAGAGAGGGAGAGUCGAGAGAGAGAGAGAGAGAGAGAGAGAGCCGUGCAAAUUUAUGCGAGAGGGAGAGUCGAUUUCUGUGAGAGGGAGAGUUGAUCGAAGGAGAGAGAGGAAGAGUCGAUCGAAUGAAUUACCGAAUGAGAGAGAAGAUCGAUUUCGGGGGAGAGAGAAAAUCGAAUUCGGGAGAGAGGCAUAAAGACGAUGGAGCUGAUUCGUUGAUACCCUGUAUGCAGCUCCACAUUAACAACUGAGGAAGGCCUACGUGUCACCUCCCUAUUUGUCUCCUUACUCCCCCUUUAUAGGUGCAUCCGUCCAGCAGCGUCUCCGUUGUCAUUAUCCUUCUAGAAAAAAUACAAGACAAUGCCGUUGGUUUGUUAAGCUCUUUAACGGCGUCGUUUCUCCCUAUUUUAAUUGCAUAUGAGCAGGUAGGGUUUAAGCGCCCGUCCUCAGCCCCUCCCGAUCCGUUCACCUAAACCUCUGAACCAGAAAUGGCUACGUUCUGCAGAUCAGCUCUAGCGCCUGGUUCCAGGUUCCUUGUUGCUCGUUCCAAAACCCUAACCCAAAAAUCCAUAAGCCCAAAAGCAAUACCCUCGCCCGCGGUUUCUUCAUCGACUAGAGCCGUCCCUCGCGCUUCAAGGAUUGUUUCGGUGUUGGGGGGCGUUGAGUCAAUGAUGCCACUUCACAGCGCCAUUGCUUCUGCUCGGCUCAAAUCCAUCCUCGCCGUCGAUUCCUCCUGCUGGAGCUGUCUCUCUCAAGGACCUGUGACACAAUGGAGCAAGGACCUGCUCUAUCCAUGUGGGACAACAAUUGCUAGGAUAUAUUUGCAUGUCAUUCUGUAAUGGGAAAAAAACUCAAAAUUUGCAGUUCCUCGGUGACAGACUAAAGGCUUCAGUCUUUAAACUAACUGGCCUGCAUUUAGGUGGUUUUUAUGCUAUGUAUGUUGGGUCUACUUUGAUUUUCCUUUCCAUUUAUGGUUUUUGCGGUGGUGUAAGCAUCACAUGGCCAAGAAAAUCAUGUACCAUAUGUUGACAUUUUAUUUUUUCUAUUUUUUUUUCUUAAUUUAAAAAAAAAAAAAACAAUUAGAUAUUUUUAAUAUAUUGGUGUUAACGUAUACAUUAAGUGUGUGAUGAAACUUUUGUAUUGGUUUCCCUUUCCCAGUUCUCCUUAA